AUGGCUCUCGCGUCCUACAAUCUCGCGUCGAUAAAUAUAGGAACCAUCACGAACCAAACAAAACUGAACGCACUCCGAACCUUCAUCAGCAGCCAAAGUCUCGAUAUCGUGUGUCUGCAGGAAGUCGAGAACGAACAGCUUUCCUUGCCUGGCUUUAUCGUUUUCGCGAACGUGGACCACACGAGGAGAGGCACAGCUGUUGCAGUGAAGGAUCACAUCCACGUCUCUCACGUCGAGAAGAGUUUGGACAGCCGGUUGAUCGCGCUGAGACUGCACGACACGACCAUCUGUAAUGUUUACGCUCCCUCCGGCACUGCGCAGCGAGCGGCCAGAGAAGAUUUCUUCAAUGGCACGCUGGCCUACUACCUCCGUCACCGCACCGCAAACGUCAUCAUCGCUGGCGAUUUCAAUUGCGUACUGCGCGCAUGCGAUUCGUCCAGCCCGAACACAAGCCCGUCCCUCAAAACAGCCGUCCAACAAUUGCAGCUGCAUGACGUGUGGGAAAAGUUGUGCCCGCGAGAUCCCGGGUUCACGUACAUCAACCGGAACGCACAAUCCCGAUUAGAUCGCAUGUACGUAAGCGCUGGUCUGCGGAAUAAUCUGCAGUCCGCCUACACGCACGUCUGCUGCUUCACAGACCAUAAAGCGCUGACGGUAAGAUUAUGUCUCCCCCCACUGGGACAUGAGCCCGGGCGCGGAUUUUGGGCCCUGCGGCCGCAUCUUCUGACGGAAGAAAACGUUGCCGAGUUCCAUUAUAAGUGGCAAUAUUGGACUCGGCAGCGCAGAAACUACGGGUCGUGGAUGGAAUGGUGGCUGUCGUACGCUAAGCCCAAAAUCAAAACGUUCUUUAAGUGGAAAUCUCGUUCCAUUUUCGAGGAUUUCCACGAUGCGCACCAGCGUCUCUAUGCGCAACUAAGGCUAGCGUACGAUGGCUGGGGAAAGACGACGGAAAAAACAACCAUUACGCAGCUGCAAACGGCUGACAACGAGGUAGCUGAUGAGCCCCAUGAAAUCGAAGCAAAUCUGUUCGCCUUUUUCUCGAGCCUCUACACGGAAGAAGCGGCAGACAACAACGAGGAUGGGUUUGUUUGUGAGCGAAUAAUACCACCAGACGAUCCACUGAAUGAAGCAUGUACGGAAGAGAUCACAACAGCAGAAAUUCUGGCUGCUAUCAGGGCGAGCGCACCCAAACGAUUCUCCGGUGCCGACGGUAUCCCACGAGAGUUCUACCUUCGUAUGUUCAACGUCAUCCAUCGUGAACUGAACCUGCUUCUUAAUGAAGCACUCACCGGAAAUCUCCCACAUACCUUUGAGGAGGGUAUCAUUGUGCUGGUAAAGAAGGGUGGAGAAAAUACGGCCCGAGCGUACCGGCCGAUAUCGCUGCUAAACAGUGAUUACAAACUUCUCUCUCGCAUUAUCAAAACCCGGCUAGAACGCGUCAUGCAAGCUCACCGUAUUUUGAGCGCCGGACAGAAAUGUUCAAACGCAGAGCGCAACAUCUUCCAGGCCACUCUUGCUCUGAAAGAUCGGAUAGCUAGCCUCCGUCACCACCGUCGCCCCGGUAAGCUCAUCAGUUUUGAUCUCGAGAACGCCUUCGAUCGGGUUCGGCAUUCGUUUCUCUUCGACACCAUGCGGUCGCUCGGAUUCAACGAGGAACUCAUUGCUCUUCUCGCACGGAUUGCCAGCCGGUCCACUUCCCGGCUACUUGUGAAUGGGCACCUCUCUCGUUCGUUCGAUAUUUCUCGUUCGGUGCGGCAAGGCGACCCUUUGUCCAUGCACCUCUUCGUCCUUUACCUUCAUCCACUGGUGAGCCGGCUCGAACAAGUGUGUGGGGAAGAUUUGCUUGUUGCGUACACCGACGACAUCAGCGUGAUCGUGACGUCACCGUGGCACUUUGAGGCGAUGAGGGAAGUUUUUUGUCGUUUUGGUCUUGUCGCCGCGGCAUGA